AUGGUCCACUCCCUGCACAACCUGGGCCCACGACAAGCACCAGCCAGGAUUCCGGCCGGGGGGUUCCCCCGCCCCCGCCCCCAGGCCUGUAUCGACGAGAACCUGGAGGUGGUGCGCUUCCUGGUGGAGCAGGGCGCCACGGUGAACCAGGCGGACAACGAGGGCUGGACGCCGCUGCACGUGGCCGCCUCCUGCGGGUACCUGGACAUCGCCAGGUGGGCCUGGGGGUGGGCUCCCCCUCCCGCGCCCCGAGGUGUGGAUGUGGAGGCAGCCAAACGAGCCGAGGAGGAAUUGCUACUUCACGACACAAGGUGCUGGCUGAACGGAGGUGCCAUGCCUGAGGCCCGGCACCCCCGCACGGGGGCCUCUGCUCUGCAUGUGGCGGCUGCUAAGGGCUACAUCGAAGUGAUGAGGCUGCUGCUCCAGGCUGGCUAUGACCCAGAGCUCCGGGACGGGGACGGCUGGACCCCCCUGCACGCCGCGGCCCACUGGGGCGUGGAGGACGCCUGCCGCCUGCUGGCGGAGCACGGUGGGGGCAUGGCCUCCAGGCCGGGAGGCGGGAGGCCCAGGGAGAACAGGGCGCCUGUGGGUGCACAUGGUGAUGCGCGAUGGGACCCAGGUGCCGGUGCAGCCGCUCGGCCAUCUGAGCCCUCCCUGCGCCGGGAGCUGAGCUUCCCUGUGGAGCACCUGGGAAGCCCUCACCACAGCUGUGCGGGUGGCCUUCCGUGUUGGGGAUGUGGGACCCAGGACCCCCAUGUUCUGCCCCUCCCAGCAGCCCCCUUUUCCCUGCAGCUGCGGAACCAGAAGGCCGCCUCCCAGAGCCGGGUCCCGGAGCCCCAGGUGCCCUCCAGCAGCAAACACCGAAGGAGCUCCGUGUGUCGUCUGAGCAGCCGAGAGAAGAUCUCCCUCCAGGACUUGUCCAAGGAGCGCCGGCCUGGGGGGGCAGGGGGACCCCCCAUCCGGGAUGAUGACGACGAGCGAGAGGAAGGCCCCACAGAGUCGCCCCCUGCAGAAACCAGGACCCUCAAUGGAGUGUCCUCCCCGCCACCCCCCAGCCCUAAAGGCCCCUCAACCUCCGAGGAGGUCCCCUUCUCCAGGCGCUUUGGCCUCCAGAAGACGGGGAGCUCUGGUGCCCUGGGCCCUGCAGACAGACAGGGGGCGGAGGGUGCCCCCGGGGCUGGGCUGCAGCGCUCAGCUUCCUCCUCGCUGCUGGAAGGGACCGCCACUCAGGCCAAGGAGCCCCGUCUUGCCAGAAUCACCCCCACUCCCUCCUGGAAGGUGCCAGAGCCCUCUGCCCCGGUCCCGGAGCCUGAAGCCCCAGGGAAGCCAGCUGUCCCUGCCGCCUCCACGGUGCCCCCAGCGGACUCCCGGGACCGCCGGAGGUCCUACCAGAUGCCUGUGCGCGACGAGGAGUCAGAAUCCCAGCGGAAAGCUCGCUCUCGCCUCAUGCGCCAGUCUCGGAGGUCCACACAGGGCGUGACUCUGACAGACCUGAAGGAAGCAGAGAAGGUGGCAGGGAAGGCUCCAGAGCCGGAGAAGUCAUGCACACAGAGCCUGGACCCUUCCUGGCAGCCCCGAGUCCCUGGGGUUGAGAAUUCUGAUGGCCCUGCCCAGAGAGUAGAGGCGCCUGACGGGCAGGGACAGGGACCACAGGCCUCCAGGGAGCACCGCAGAGUUGGCAAGGAGAGGAGAGGGCCUGCGGAGGGGGAGGAGGCCAAGCCCGCGGACAUCAGCCCAGAAUCCAGCACCCCCAAGGCCAGCCCUUCCCCCCGGAGGCCGCGCGCCCCCAACCCGGAACCCAAGCCUGAAUCGGAGCCGGAUGGCGGCAGCUUCAGGAAGCUCUACGCAGAGCUGCGCGUUGAGAACGAGAGACUUCGUGAGGCCCUGACGGAGACCACGCUGCGGCUGGCGCAGCUCAAGGUGGAGCUGGAGCGCGCCACGCAGAGGCAGGAGCGCUUUGCAGAGAGGCCAGCCCUCCUGGACCUGGAGAGAUUUGAGCGGAGGGCCCUGGAGCGCAAGGCCGCUGAGCUGGAAGAGGAGCUGAAGGGCCUGUCCAACCUCCGGGCUGACAACCAGCGCCUCAAGGAUGAGAACGCGGCCCUGAUCCGCGUCAUCAGCAAACUGUCCAAGUGACCCCGGAGGACUUGCCCCGCACCCGCAUUUAUACAGCUGCUUCUGCCACACGCACCCCUCCCCCUGUGUGAACACGAGUGACAGGGCUGCCGGGGAGCCUCUGUGAAGCCAUAACCUCCCCUCGGGACCUCCAGGCUGGGAGGGGAGGACAGAGCCCCCAGGAGCCAAGGGGGCCCUCUGAGGCCAGGAUGGAGCCGGGAGCUGAGCCAGGUAGGGGACCAGGGCUGCAGGCAGGACCAGGAAGGAACCGAGGACCAGGAAGUGCCAGGACCAGUAGCCAGGACCAGAGCGGCCACCCGGAGGUCCCCUCUCACGUGUGCUGCCACAGUCACCCCUCCCA